AUGGCCAGUAAGCCUCAUUACAAGUCUUUCAAAUUCAUUGACAACUCUCAGGAGAUAAGAGGAUUAAAAGGGGAUAAGAGGACUGCUUCAGAACUACGUAGACAGAAGGGACAAGCAGUGGCCAGCAACCAACCAGGAGUAGAUGCUUGUAUGGCUUGGGUGAAUCCUGUACGUGGAGGAGAAUAUCCUACGAGCCUCAGUGAAUUGGAAGAAAGUAAAGGAAGAAGGAAGGUUUAUAUUAAAAGCAAUGUGAUGCAUUCUGAUAUGCCAGAAAUGGUCGCUUUGUUUCAAGACAGUAGUUAUCAUUUUGUGAAGGACAUUUUCAUGGAUGGAGAAGUUCACUGGAAGGAUAAUUGUUCCUUCGAAAAUUGCCAAUUGGACCAUAAUAUUAUCUCAUCCAUGCUUAACUUUGAUGUAGAAAGUAGCAGCACAUCAACCGUCGGAACUCAGGACUCAGUUCCAUCCAUUUCAAAUGAGUCCAAAUUUAUGGCAGAUGAUGACUGCCAUAAUCACGUGAUUAAUCAACAUGGGUCAUGGAUGAAAGAUUUUGAUGGACAAGAAGAUGUUCUGUUAGAAAAGAACGUACAUCGACCUCAUAUGGUUAUAGAGGAAUUAUGGGUUCCAAGUAAGGAAGCAGUACUGCCAAACUCCUUUGUAUUAUCCACAACUAAAGCAGUUUAUUAUGACUGCCCUACGAGUGCAGCCAAUUUCAGAAGUGAGGUGGACAGUACAAUAAGCAACAUGGAGGCAGAUUUUGAACAGACCAUUGAAACUAAAAGUAUGUCCAAGCCUGAAGAUUGGAUGUCAGGAAGCGUAACAAGUUCAAGUCGAAGUAUUGUUAGUGAAAAUGUUCAAGGAGAGUCCAGUUGCUCUGUAGUUGAUCCCCCUCCAGCCCUGACCAUAAACUCAGCUCCAGAAUUAUAUUGUGGAAGUGUCUCUCUUGCUUCAAGCGGAAGCACUGCCAGCUCGCAUUCUGCUUUUGCUCGCCCUUGUGUAGAUUGCCCUCGGAAUGGGCUGGCAGUCCUGAAAGAAUGGCAAGCGCUGACCGAAGACAAUUUAAAAGGCAUCAACGCUGGAGGAUGCGUGUUCUUUGCUUCUUUGGCAGAUCAUUUGCGGGCGAGUUUAUCCUUAGUGAGCUACAGGCGAAGCGAGUUAAGAGAAGAGAAUUAG